ACAGCAACAGUCAGGUGGUUUACCUUCCAGAGGCUGGCAAUGCUGUUUCACUGGAGGACACAGCUAAGAAGGAAGUCCACCAGCCUGCCAAGAUGAAAUGGCUUGAAGGGCCAGGUAAGACCUGUGGCCCUUUGGCUCCUGAGGAGGAGCUGGUGUCUGCCUGCCAAUUGGAAAAAGAAGAAGAGAAUGAAGGGGAGGAGGAGGACGAGGUGGAUCUGGACCCAGACCUGGAGGAGGAAGAGGAGGAAGAGAAUGAUCUUGGGGAUCCAGCUGUACUUGGUGCUGUCCACAACACCCAGAGAGCUCCGCUUAGCUCCCCUGGAGUCAAGGCCCCUGGUGUGCUGGGAAUGUCACUUGCCUCCUUGCAUUUUCUGUGGCAGACCUUGGACUACCUGUCGCCCAUCCCUUUCUGGCCUACAUUUCCCAGCACCAGCUCUCCAGCACGGCACUUUGGACCUCGGCUGCCCUCACCAGAUCCAACUCUCUUCUGCAGCCUGCUGACCUCGUGGCCCCCUAGGUUCAGUCAUCUGACCCAGCUCCACCCUCGGCACCAACGAAUCUUGCAGCAGCAGCAGCAUAGUCAAACACCAAGUCCCCCAGCCAAGAAGCCUUGGUCUCAGCAGCCAGACCCCUAUGCUAACCUCAUGACCAGAAAAGAGAAGGACUGGGUGAUAAAAGUGCAGAUGGUGCAGCUGCAGAGUGCAAACCCCUGCCUGAAUGACUACUACUACCAGGAAUAUUACCAGAAGCUAGAAAAGAAGCAAGCAGACGAAGAGCUACUUGGACGAAGAAACCGGGUUGAGUCCCUCAAGCUGGUAACGCCUUACGUUCAGAAAGCAGAGGCUUAUGAGUCUGUGGUCCGGAUCGAGGGUUCCCUGGGCCAGGUAGCUGUGUCGACAUGCUUCAGCCCUCGCCGAGCUAUUGAUGCUGUACCCCAUGGAACUCAAGAGCAGGAUAUAGAAGCUGCAAGCAGUCAGAGGCUUCGGGUAUUAUACCGGAUUGAGAAGAUGUUCCUUCAGUUACUAGAAAUAGAGGAGGGCUGGAAGUAUAGGCCUCCACAGCCCUGCUUUUCUGAGCAGCAAAGCAACCAGGUUGAGAAGCUCUUCCAGACCUUAAAGACCCAGGAGCAGAACAACCUGGAAGAGGCAGCAGAUGGCUUCCUGCAGGUGCUCUCUGUGAGGAAGGGGAAGGCCCUGGUGGCCCGACUGCUCCCCUUCCUGCCCCAGGAUCAGGCUGUUACCAUUCUUUUGGCUAUCACCCACCAUCUGCCCCUCCUGGUCCGGAGGGAUGUGGCUGAUCAGGCCCUACAAAUGUUACUCAAACCUCUGGGCAAAUGUAUCAGUCACUUGACCCUCCACGAACUCCUCCAAGGACUUCAGGGAUUAAUGCUGUUGCCACCUGGCUCCUCAGAGCGGCCAGUCACUGUGGUGCUUCAGAAUCAGUUUGGAAUAUCUUUGCUCUAUGCCCUGCUGAGUCAUGGGGAGCAGCUGGUAUCGCUGCAUUCUUCCCUAGAGGAACCCAACAGUGACCAUACAGCUUGGACAGACAUGGUGGUUCUGAUUGCCUGGGAGAUAGCCCAAAUGCCUACAGCCUCUCUGGCAGAACCCCUAGUUUUCCCCAGCAACCUACUUCCCCUGUUCUGUCACCACGUAGACAAACAAUUGGUUCAGCAGCUGGAGGCCAGGAUGGAGUUUGCCUGGAUCUACUGAUCUGUUUAUUCUGGAAUACAUGUAUGUGGGAAGUUGAAUCAUCAGACAUCAGCUAUAUAGACUAUGUUUACAGGGAUCCAGAGAGUCUGAAGACAUUUCUUAUGCCUUUAUAUAUUGGAGAACCCUUCCCCAUUUCCAUAUCCUUUCUUCAAAAAUCUAAAUGAUGUGCCUAAAAAUAAGACACGGCUUAAUAAGGUACAAUUAAAGAGAUAAUAGAAUGA